UUUUCUCUCUCUCUCUCUCUCUCUCGCGAUGGAGACCGACCUUCUUCGCAUUCUUCUUCAGUUCCCAAACCAAGAACAUGCGGAGGAGCAGAGAACAUCGUCGUCUUCUGUUCCUCUUUUCAUUGAUCUUGUCCCUGCUGUCGUGUCCGUCCGACGCCGACGGAGAAGGCGGGGGAAAGGGCGUCAUCGGGUAUGGAUACACAGUCGAGUCCGUGGCUGUUGAACCGUUGGGAGCCACGUUGGCUGCCAAGCUCCACCUCAUCAACAGGACCUCCGUCUACGGGCCGGACGUCGAGAAUCUCCUUCUAGUUGCCAGCAUCCAAGCGAGCGGAUGUCUUCGAGUCCGAAUCACAGACGCCGACCACCCCCGUUGGGAAGUCCCCGACGACCUCAUCCCUCGACGAUCUACCUCCCCUCCCCAACAAAACCUAACCCCGCCGCCGCCGUCCCUCUUCCGCUCCGACCGCCGCAUCUCCUUGGCCUCCUCCGACCUCGUCUUCGUCCUCAGCGACACCACCCCCUUCUCCUUCUCCGUCUCCCGCCGCUCCUCCGGCGACGUCCUCUUCGACACCUCCUCGUCCGACCCCUCCGCCUUCCUCGUCUUCAAAGACCAGUACCUCCAGCUCUCCUCCUCCCUCCCUCCCGGCCGCUCCUCCCUCUACGGGAUCGGAGAGCACACGAAGCCGUCGCUCCGGCUCCAGCCCAACCAAACCCUUACUCUGUGGAACGCCGACAUUGGUAGCGCGAACCUCGAUGUCAACCUGUACGGGUCGCAUCCUUUUUACAUGGACGUCAGGUCGUCCGUGGGCGGCGGCGGCGGCGGCGGAGGAGAUGGGGCGGGCACAAGCCACGGCGUUCUGUUGCUGAACAGCAAUGGCAUGGACGUGGUGUACACUGGCGAUAGGAUCACUUACAAUGUUAUCGGCGGGGUGUUGGAUUUGUAUUUCUUCCCUGGGCCAUCGCCGGAGGCUGUCAUGGAGCAGUACACCGAGCUCAUUGGCCGGCCAACCCCAAUGCCAUACUGGUCCUUUGGAUUUCACCAAUGCCGGUGGGGUUACAAGAAUGUCUCAGACUUGGAGGGCGUGGUCGCCGGUUAUGCAAAAGCUAAUAUACCACUGGAAGUUAUGUGGACUGACAUUGAUUACAUGGAUGCAUACAAGGACUUUACUCUUGAUCCUAUCAAUUUUCCGGUGGACAAAAUGAAAGAAUUUGUCAGCACCAUUCACAAGAACGGUCAAAAAUAUGUCCUGAUACUUGAUCCAGGCAUUAGCGUGAAUGAAACCUAUGGGACCUACAUCAGGGGGAUGCAAGCCGACGUCUUCAUCAAACGAGAGGGAGUCCCAUACUUAGGUGUUGUGUGGCCGGGGCCAGUGUACUUCCCUGACUUCCUUCACCCAUCAAGUGAGAGUUAUUGGGGUGGUGAGAUAAAGAGGUUUCACGAUGUUCUUCCUUUUGAUGGCCUAUGGCUCGACAUGAACGAGCUGUCCAACUUCAUAACUUCUCUGCCUCUCCCAUCCACUCUUGACAAUCCUCCCUACAAAAUCAACAAUGCAGGAGUUAAUCGGCUGAUCAACAACUUAACUAUUCCUGCAACGUCAUAUCAUUUCGGUAAUAUUUCAGAUUACAAUGCUCAUAGCCUCUAUGGACUCUUGGAAGCCAGAGCAACAAACAAGGCCUUAGUCAAUGUUACUGGUAAAAGGCCAUUCAUUCUCUCCAGAUCAACUUUUCUAAGCUCUGGCAAGCACACUGCACACUGGACUGGAGACAAUGCUGCCACAUGGGAUGACUUGGCAUACUCAAUUCCUGCAAUUUUAAAUUUUGGGCUCUUUGGAAUUCCAAUGGUAGGAGCUGAUAUAUGUGGUUUCUCUCAGGACACAACCGAAGAGCUCUGCAACCGAUGGAUUCAGCUAGGGGCCUUUUAUCCGUUUCCGAGAGACCAUUCUGCAAGGAAUACUAUUCGUCAAGAGCUCUAUCUAUGGGAUUCUGUCGCUGCAUCUGCCAGGAAGGUGCUCGGUCUUCGUUAUCGCUUGCUCCCAUACUUGUAUACCUUGAUGUAUGAGGCAUCUAGGAAGGGGAUACCCAUUGCCCGGCCCCUAUUUUUCUCAUUCCCGGAGGAUAAGUUGACUUACGAUAUCAAUUCCCAGUUCUUAAUUGGUAAGGGUGUGAUGGUGACUCCCGUACUAAAAUCAGGUGCCAAUACAGUGGAUGCUUAUUUUCCGAGUGGAAAUUGGUUUGAUCUCUUCAAUUACUCAAAUGCAGUGAGUACAGCUUCAGCAAUGAAUGUGAUGCUCAAUGCGCCGCCUGAUCAUCCUUUUGUGCAUGUAAGGGAAGGUAAUAUAUUGGCCAUGCAAGGAGAGGCCAUGACUACAGAAGCAGCUCGGAGAACGCCAUUCGAGCUCUUAGUCGUGGUUGAUAGGAAUGGGAAUAGCUCAGGACAAUUGUUCUUGGAUGAUGGAGAGGACGUCGAAAUGGGGCGGAAAGGAACUAAGUGGACCCUGGUGAGGUUUUAUUGUGAGAAAACAGGGAAUGAUGUUAUUGUCGGAUCAGAAGUUGUCCAUGGGGAAUUUGCUUUGAUUGAGAAGUGGGUAAUUGAUAAGGUGACAAUUUUAGGAUUGAGAAAAGGAACUGGGAUGACGAGACUGAGAGGGCGUGAGUUACAUGUAGCAGCAAAGUCCGGACAGAGAUCAGUGAAAACUGUGGGAAAAUCGAGUGACACUGGGGAGUUUGUGAUCAUUGAAGUUUCAGCAUUGUCACUUCUGCUGGGAAAGGAAUUCAAGUUGGAAGUGAAGUUGAGCCAAUCUUAAGACAAAAUAUUAUUAGAAGAAACUGGUCAGAGUGUAAUAAAGAACAAAAGCAAGUCUCCAAUAAGUUUGUGUGUUCCCAAAAGGACAAAAAGGACACCAGUAACAAGCCACACC